CAAGAGCACGUUGGUUCGAACCCCCUUUUGAAAAUCAGUGGUUCUCUUGCGAUCUGCGGCAGAUGCACUGAGAUCUACGGUUGAAUAAUGUCUUCAAGAGAACAUACCACCUCUUCUCUUGAUGACAGCCUGACAAACAUACAGUGGCUUUGUAAACUGGAAUCCAAUCCACUGUUGGAAACAGAACAGAAGAACGGCACUGGGGAGCCAACAUGUAUGAAUCCUUACCCAAAGCCUCCAUUCUCUUACGCUACCCUCAUAUUACUGGCUAUUAACAGUACCUCAGAAAAGCGCAUGACACUGCAGGACAUAUACAAAUGGAUAGAGGACAAUUUCCCUUAUUACAAAAACUGCAAAAAAGCAUGGAAGAAUUCCAUCCGUCAUAACUUAUCACUUCACAGCUAUUUCCUCAAGGCCCAAAGGCCAUCUAAUCUUCCUGGAAAAGGAAGUUACUGGUCCAUAUCACCAGAAGGGAAAGAGAACAUCAUGAAAGAAGUCAUGAAGCAUCAGCAGCCACUUAUCAACCAAGAUAUGACCUUAGAGCAAUCAAACACAAGGGGACUGCGACCAAUACUGCCCAAACCAUCAGAGGAUCAACUCGUUGCUAGCACUUUAUUGAACAAGGGUGGUGUUCAAAUUUUAACAGAUGGAAGUGUUAAUGGAUUACCUGGUAGUAUUCCAGUUGUGAUUUUACCAACCCAGCUUUACAUGAAUAUGUUUAGCAAAAUUGCUUCUCAAGCUGCUACAGGAAGUACCACAGCAGUUGGAGUAAGUCCUACUCUCGUGCCCAUGACAACAGAAACUCAAAGUACUGUAAACCCUGGGUUUGCCCAGCUAGUUCCUGAAUCUGAAGAACUUGGACAAGAUAGUGAAACAAUCCUCUCAGAAAUAGCCAUUACAGAGGAGGAGAUAGGAUCAGGAUGUUCAACAUCAGUGACUCAGAUAUCACAAGAAAACUGUGAAAACAAUUCUGCAACUAUGACAGUGGAACAAGCCCUAUGUAAGAUUGAAAAGAGGGAAAAUGAAAAUUCUUCUGAAAGGUUUAUAAAUAGUGCACCAAUCAUCAGUAGGGAGACCUGUGAGAGCCCUAAUAUAGUUGAUAUUAAAACUGAGAAAAAUGAAAUUUUAGCCCUACACAUCAAGAAGACUAAAACAGACAAACGUAAAAGCAAACCUUACAGUAAGAAUCAAACAUCUUCAUGUGUGCAAAGAAAGCAAGAUUUAAAACAACCCAAGCGCUCACCACUUCGGCCCUGCCCCCAGCUCACCUUGGCUGCCAUCAAUUCACAAGCUAAUGAAAUGUCAUCACCAGGACACAUCUUUAGCAAACACAAUAACAGUGAAUUCAAUUGUAUAUCACCUUUAAAACCGCUGAUCACACCUACGAAAAACCUUGAAAACCAGAGCUUCCUGACCUCCUUGCUAGUUUCACCUCUUGGUUAUAACAACAGUGGUCACACAGGCUUUACAUCCUUGCAAUUUUCUUCAGACAGUGGAUUCUUCUCACCAUUCCAGGAAGGGACAGUGGAUUAUGGAUUUUUAUUGUCCCCUGAGAGGUUUGGAAACAGUAGGGUUUGUAGUACACCACAGAGCUGUCGUAAAUCUUUGGGGCUUGGUUUGACUUGCAAAAAUCAGGGAAAGAAAGCUGAUGAGUAUGAUGCUGAUUUUGCAAGACUUUGAGGUUUAGCUUUAUCUUGUAUGAAAUAACAAAUUUAUUAAAUUGUUAAAUUCUAAUAGAGGCUAAUUUUCCCCUGACAAAACUAACCAUUUAGAUUGCAAUAGUUAGAAAGAUGAAUAACAUUACAGCUUUAAAAGUCAGUGAUACAGCAGACUGUAAUUUGUUUUUUGUGUUCUAACACUCAGUUAUUGCUUCCUUUUUUCAGUGUUUAAGUUUUUUUCUGAUCAUUAUUACUAUCAUUAUAAAUCAUACUGUAAUACUUUUCAGUAACAUAAUAUUACUUACAGGAUCAUUUUAGCUAGACUCAAUUUGAAUUAACAAUUGGUUCAUAUGUCAGCGUGCGUUCAUUGAGAUAUGAAGCACGCGGGAAGUUUGGAGAGUAUGAA